UUUAAACACGUUUGUGUAAUAUCAUAGUGGUCCGUUAAGUCGUGCCCUGACUCUUCCCGCUAUUUUAGCGCCGAACUAGCAAAGCUAACCCUGCUAGCUGCUGUGAAGUAAACCGAGGUUACUGGGAAGAGGCCGCCCACCUUCCAGACAAGCACCCUUCGGGUAAUAGCGGAGUCCUACCGACGCUGGGUUAACUCGGGAGACCGCAGACAAAGUGACUUGUUGGGCUUUCUCGUCGCCCGGAACACAGAAACCGCCUAAACGACACGCUAACUUGUUAGCUUCAGCGACCCAUCUGUCAGGAUGGCUAAAAGCGAGCCAGAGGAGAUGAUAGAGAUAGAGAUCGAUGAACGGGAGAAACAGGCAUGCAUAGAGGAAGGCAUUGAGGAGCAGACCAUCACUGCAUCGGAUUUAAUUCAACAAGACAUCGACAUCAAUGAGCCAAUCGGCAAUCUGAAGAAGCUUUUGGAGCCUCGCGUCCAAUUCUGUCUGGAUGGAUUUGACAUCUGCUUACAAGACAUUCAGCUCCACCCGGAUCACAGCCUCUUUGAUCAGGGAGUAAAGACGGACGGCACCGUGCAGCUCAGCCUGCAGAUUAUUACCAAAACAGGGGAGGAGAAGCUGAACAUUUUGGAAAUAGUGAAGCCAGUAGAAACAGUAGAGGUUGUGAUCGACCCGGAUGCGGCGGGAGAAGACGGAACGCUGGUGGACGAGGGGCAGCUCAUCGCCGUGGAGCGGUCUUCCCUCUCCGACGAGACCUCGGAGCAGGUGACGCGUUGGGCCGCGGCGCUGGAGGGUUACCGCAAGGAGCAGGUUCGGCUCGGAAUCCCAUACGACCCCUUGCUCUGGUCGGCCGAUCAGGUGAUCCACUGGGCCGUGUGGGUCAUGAAGGAGUUCAACAUAGACGAGAUGGAAAUCGGCAGCAUCCACAUCCCCGGCCGGGAGCUCUGCGGUUUCAACCAGGAGGAGUUCCUUCAGAAGGUGCCCAACGGCGAGAUACUGUGGAGCCACCUGGAGCUGCUGCGCAAAUAUGUGUUGGCCAGCCAGGACCAGUCGGGCGGGGACGCCACGGUCACCAUCGACCAACCUGUCCAGAUAAUCCCAGCUCAAGUGAGCACGCCUACGGCUAUAAAGGUGCUGAAACACAACCGGGGCCCCAGAGCGCCAAGGAUUUCAGGAGAGGAGCGCAGUUCACCCGGCAACCGCACAGGUAACAACGGUCAGAUCCAGCUGUGGCAGUUCCUGCUGGAGCUUCUGACGGACAAAGACGCGAGGGACUGCAUCUCCUGGGUCGGUGAGGAGGGCGAGUUCAAGCUCAACCAGCCGGAGCUGGUGGCUCAGAAAUGGGGCCAGCGGAAGAACAAGCCGACGAUGAACUACGAGAAGCUCAGCAGGGCCCUGAGGUACUACUACGACGGGGACAUGAUCAGCAAGGUGCAGGGCAAGCGCUUCGUCUACAAGUUUGUGUGCGACCUGAGGACUCUGAUCGGCUACAGCGCCGCCGAGCUCAACAACCUGGUGACCGAGUGCGAGCAGAAGAAACUGGCCCGCAUGCAGAUGCACGGCAUCGGACAGCCCAUCGCCACGGUCACGCUGGCCACCACGCUGGACAAGGACAGCUGAGGGAGGAGACGAAGCCGAUCCCCCCACCCCCCGAUCCGCACGGAGUAAAAAAAACUUUGUCCCAUACAGUUAAAUUCAGCUUAGACCGAAGCAGGAGAUGUUUUUGUUUUUUAAGCUUUUCAUUAAUUCUGCCCAGCAGCAGCGUGCUCAGGAUGAGGAGCGAAUGUGUUUAUAUUGACAGACUGUCCGUGUGCAUGGCUGAAUGAGUGUGACUGAAACCACAAUGAAAAAAAAAAAAAGGCUCGGCGUCGUGCGCUCUCUCUUUUUGUCUGUAAUCCAGGAUCUUUUUCCACUGUAUAUACAAAUAUGUUAUGUUUUUUGAUAGCCACGAAGGCAAGUGUAUUUUCAUAAGAACCCUUUUUGUAUUUUUAUUUAGUGCAUUUCCCUACAGUGCUGGACCCUUGUUUUGUCCACUAUAGGGGAUUGGGAAUAAAGCGACAAGCAUUUUCUAACA